UGCAGGGGAGCCAUGCGCCUCCCGAUGAAGUGGCGCGCCACAUCUGUGUCCGUGAGCCCGGCAUCACGGAGCGCCCUGAUCUUGGCGCAGAUCGGGGCCAACUCCGCGUCCUUCCGGUCGCGGUGUGUCCAGUCGUUAGAGCCCUUCGGAGGCCCGAGGGGCUCCUCGUGGAACUCCUGGAGCUCGUCGGCGCGCACCCAGCACCAGUCGCUGCACCAUUCGAACUCGAUCUUCUUCUUCCCCAGCUCGAUGAAUUCUGACUUGAGCCGGUCGCGGAAGCGGAACACCACGCCCGAGGACAGAGAUGUCUUCUUCUCCACCCUCGGGUAGAAGUAGUGGCGGAACAGCGCCACCGACGGCAUCACCCCCACGAACGCUUCACAAAGGUGUUGAAAAACAGCCAAUGUGAAGAACGAGGUGGGGUGGAGCUGCGCCAUGAGGAGCCCGUAGGACUCCAUGAUGGCGGAGAGAAAGUAUGAGUGCGGCGGCACGAACCCGGCGAGCACGAACCUCCCGAAGAUCCGGAAGUAGUGCCCGUUGCGCUCCGCGCUGACGGGGAGAACCCGCGUUGGCCCAUGCUCGUUGUGCUUGGUGGCCAACGCCAGGACCAGCUUUUCGACUCCCUCGUCGUUGUAGCCGGGGGAGAAGAAGGCGAACAUGGCUCACAUCUCAUCAUCUUUCCGGGCUCUGUCCGAGAGCUCCUUCUUCCCGGCCUUGUCGUGCUUGUCCCCUUUGCUGGUGCUCCACUUGGGACAGUUCUGCCCCUUGGAAGACAUCAGCGGAGGAGGAGAAGGGAGUUUAGUCGGAGUGGGAGUGCGGGGAGCUUGGAGAGAGGCAAUGGCAAAAGCGGAAGGCAAUGGGGAGUACCCGCCGCCAGCCUUGGGUAUUUAUCGGGGCUGGUGGAUUGCAACGGACACCCCCACAAUGGGCAGCGAAGAGCCCUAAAGAACCGGAGCUUAAGAGGGGAGUGCGCGACGUGGCCUUAACUCUCUGGUGAUUAAGGGAGAUAAGGCACGAGAUCGUGCGCCCGACCGUUUCGCUCGAAGGAGUGGGACGAUAAAAGUGGCCCACGGGGCCGGGUGCCCAGGGGCUUUCCCCUUGGGGACCCACGCGUCGGAUAGGGCGUAGCCCGGCAACCGACCGGGGAUAGCACUUGAAGAGGCGUCAAGGUUGCCGGCCCACACCCGGGGGCUAUUGUUGUACCAGCGGCCCACGGGGUCCCACUAAUACUGGACGCGUGGGUCGCCUUUGACGGGGUCACACUAGGAAGGAUUCCCGGGAAAUAACGAGCCCGGGAAGCCUGCCUCAAGGGGACGGCCCCCAGUGAAGACAAAACUAGAGCCAAGUACGGAGCGCUCCCGGGGACCCCGACCCCGGGAAUUCAUAGGAACGCCACCCGGCAACUAGCAGAUGCGCUAUCCGGGAGGGUGCACCCCGGCAACCCGCGCUCGGGCAUGCAGGCGGGACCCGCAGAACAGUGAAGACAGGACAAGACUGCGGGCGCGGUGCAUUUAAUGCACCGACAGGAGUCUUAUCAGCAGGCCUAGUCUUGUUUAGUAAGGCUAGAACGGUCGCCCUAAGAGCUACUUUUUCUACCGUAUACAGUAGGACGGGCGCUGCAUGGCGUCCAGCGCGGAUGAACAAAUUUGUAUUUCAUGUGGGCAUGACACGCGUCUAGCUAACGUGUCACGCUGCACACCGUGGCACCUGUGGUAUCCCCUUGCAUAUAAAAGGAGGACCAAUGCCACCAAAAAAAGGGUUCCGACUCAAGUAAUUAGAGCACAUCGUAGUAUUCACCCAAGUAGCCAACCCAGGAACCCCUCGGGCGAUCUGUACACUCUUAAACUUGUGAAUAUAACAAAAAGCAGCACGUAGGGUGUUACACCUCUGGGUGGCCCGAACCUGGGCAAAACUCUCGCGUUUACUCUUCGUGUCUAUCGCCACGCCGGCGAUCGCCGAAGCGAUCACCUCGCCCUCCACCGGUGCCGGAGACCGUGCUCCGACACACUGGUAGUUUUAGAAUAGUAAGCCCGGUAAUUCUAAUAUAUUUAGCAAGGCAACUUCAAUCUUGCAGGGAUAAAUGUCUCACUGGUAGUCUUAAAACAGUAGGUCUGGUAAUUCCAGUCAAUUUAGCAUGGUGACUUCAAGUUUCAGAAUAAUAGGCCUGGUAAUUUAACUCUAUGUUUUAGCAUGUCAACUUCAACCUACAAGAUGAGUUCCACACUGCGUAGUUCAUGUCUACAAGGAUUGUAAUUUCAGAAUUUUUAGCCUGACAACUUUCAUCUAAAAGGAUCAGUUUCAUAUAGGGUAGUUUCAUUGCUAUAGGUAUGGUAUUUUCAGAAGCUUUAUCACGGCAACUUCAACCUGGGAAAAGUAGUUCCAUACCGUUUUCUCUUGCAGCACCAUUUUUUGAACCUCUCAGUCAGAUCUGAAGUUUACCAGAGGUGCUUGUGUGCUUUUUUUUUCUAACUUGCAAAUGUUUGCUUAUGUGUGGAUUUGUGUUUGAUUUUACGGGGAUUUGUGAUGGGAUUUUUUGUUUGGUCGUCAUGGAUGCUGCCCUUUUUUGGAGGUAAAUUUUUUAAACUGGUUUCUGUAAGGGGGAGGUAACUUGGAGAAGAAGAGUGUGAGGGGAUGCAGCCGAUCUGGACGAUCGAGGUGGAGAUAAUUUGGAGAAGGUGGCUUGGAUCUAACGUGAAGGUCGAGCCUUCGUCUACUUUCUUUUCUCUAGAUCGUUUGGGCUAGAUUUUAGAUCGUUUGGGCCAGCCUUUCCUGUGCCCGGCCCAACGUUUUGCUCGUGUGCUUCUGCAGGUCUAACACACGGUCGCGCGCUGGCCUUUUCAGCGCGUACGGUCGAGCUGGCACCGAUCGCGCGCACGGUCGCACCGUAGUCGCGUCCAUGAAUAAAUUCGGGAUCUUCUGGAUCCUACUUUUUAAAAAAAAAAAAGAUCAGAACUUCAGAAGAGAUCGGUGCCGUUGGUUCGGAAAAUAUCACGAAGUCCCCACUCCGCCACUCGAGUGUUCCAGAUACGAUGACAGAAAACAUCAGCAAAUAUCAGACACUGGAGGGACCUCCUCGCAAAUGGCGUCUACUAAAGCGGCAAAGCUAGCUCAUUUCCUCCCAUUUCCUCUGCUCCGCGCGUCUCGCCGCCGACCACACGGCAAACCCUAGCCCUACCGCCGCCGCCAUGGCUGACCCGCGUAUGUUCCCAUCGGGAUCAAACGGCCCGGACGACAGCGCCCCCGGUCGCCGGAAGUACAACCCCUACCAGGACCUCAACGUCCCCUACAGCUACAAGAGCCUCUACGACCUCCCGACGUCGCCGGAGUUCCUCUUCCAGGAGGAGUCCGCCGUGCAGCGCCGCUCCUGGGGUGAGAACCUCACCUACUACACGGGCAUCGGGUACCUCUCGGGCUCCGUGGGCGGUGCCGCGCUCGGCCUCCGCGACGCCGCCGCCGGCGCGGAGCCAGGCGAGACCGCCAAGAUCCGCACCAAUCGCGUGCUCAACUCCUGCGGCAGCUCCGGCCGCCGCUACGGCAACAGGCUCGGGGUCAUCGGCCUGAUGUACGCCGGGAUGGAGAGCGGCUUGGUCGCGGUGCGCGACUCCGACGACUGGAUCAACAGCGUCGCCGCCGGGCUCGGCACGGGAGCGCUCUUCCGCGCCGCCAACGGGCCGCGGUCCGCCGCCGUGGCAGGCGCCGUCGGCGGGGUCCUUGCCGCCGCCGCCAUGGCAGGCAAGCAGGUCGCCAAGCGAUAUGUGCCCGCGAUAUGACCACCCCGCCCGCUUAGCAUCUGUCGCUCAGAUCAGUGAUUGAAUCAAUCCUUUGCCAUGAAUGUAUUUCUGUUCGUUUGUCAUUCUCCGGGUUAGCUGCUUUGUUUGAGAAGGGUUUCGCCUUCUCUGCAUAAUAUCUGUGAUGUGUUCGUCAUAUGUAUACGAUCCGAAUCGGGAUUUUUGACCUGUGUUGCAAUAUAACAUCAUGUUGGAUGCAAGAAUAACAUUACAUUUUUAAGGUGUUGCUGAGCAAUAAGAAUUAGAUCCAAGUGUUCGACACUGA